AGGUUGGCUUAAGGGUAAAAGAUAAAGGAGUUGUGUGUUAAUAUUUGGUAUAAUACAUUGAUAUGUUUCUUAAAAAAAGCACUGCAAUGUCUUCCAUAUUGCUGCUAGUUGGAAUGUUAUCGUCCAUUACAGUUGCACAAUCCAUAGGAGUUUGCUAUGGAGUACUCGGUAAUAAUCUACCAUCAAGGCAAGAAGUUGUGGACUUGUAUAAAACAAAUGGGAUAGGUAGAAUGCGUAUAUACUAUCCAGAUGAAGAAGCACUCCAAGCCCUUAGAGGUUCAGGCAUUGAGUUGAUUAUGGACGUGGCUAAGGAAACCCUUCAAUCAAUGACAGACCCCAAUGCUGCUACAGAUUGGGUCAAUAAGUAUGUUACAGCCUACUCGCAAGACGUCAAUUUCAAGUACAUCGCUGUUGGAAAUGAAAUUCACCCCAAUACCAAUGAGGCACAGUACAUUCUAUCUGCCAUGACCAACAUUCAGAAUGCAAUUUCAUCAGCCAAUUUACAAAUCAAGGUGUCAACAGCAAUAGACUCUACUUUCAUUGCUCCGCCCUCCUAUCCACCCAAUGAUGCUGUUUUCACUAGCGAUGCAGAGCCAUAUGUAAAACCCAUAAUAGACUUCCUAGUGAGAAAUGAGGCGCCACUUCUUGCCAAUGUGUACCCUUACUUUGCUUAUGCGAAUGAUCAACAAAACAGUAUUCCUCUUGCCUAUGCUCUUUUUACCCAACAAGGAAACAACGACGCUGGGUACCAAAACCUCUUCGAUGCUAUGUUGGAUUCAAUAUACGCUGCAGUGGAGAAAGUGGGAGCAUCCAAUUUGCAGAUAGUGGUUUCUGAGAGUGGGUGGCCAUCUGAAGGUGGUGGAACUGGAGCAUCAAUCGAUAAUGCAGGCACUUACAAUGCUAAUUUGAUUAGUCAUGCCUCGGGUGGGAGUGGAACUCCAAAGAGGCCUGGUGGGUCUAUAGAGACUUACUUGUUUGCCAUGUUUGACGAAAACCAGAAGCAAGAUGCUGAAACUGAGCGUCAUUUUGGUCUCUUCAGGCCUGAUAAAUCACCCAAAUACCAACUCAAUUUCAAUUAAUUGAAAUUACCAGAACUAUGUUCCUAUAUUUAUUUACUUUGAAUUAGUGUGUCAAGUAUGCACAUCUGUUAAGAAAUGCCAUAAUUUAGUUUUGUAAUAUUUUUUUUAUUUGCUUUGUUUAAAUAAUACAAACCAAAUUUCUAUUGGAUGAUUGUUAUCAUAAGGAGAAAAUUAAGAAGCAUCACUGCGUGCUUAAUAUAUAUCAUUAGUACAA